AUGACUGCCAUUGGGGCACCAGUGGCCUUGCCUUUCAACGAUAAUCUGGGUGAUACCAUACCACCAGACACGCCUCACGCCGUCAGUGUAUCGCUUCCGACAUGGCGAUCGAACGUUGGCUACGAGGAAGGCGAGAAAUGGGUCGUCGAUAAGAUGAAAUGUGGUUAUCCAAGAUUCUUCAUCCACAAGUCCAUUGAAGCCCUGGCCCAGAGAAUUGUUGCCGACCAUGGCCAUCCAAGCACCGAGAAAGCUAUGCUAGUACCCUCCACCAGAUGUGCUCUUCGAUGCAGGGACUUCAUCGUGCGACAGAGUCCCAAUACAGACUGCUCGACUGUCAGAACCUUGGACUUUGUCCCAGCAAGCAUUCCUUCGCCGCCUUCGAAGAAAGUGCUGCCUCACAUAUGUGCCGUCAUUUAUCCGAAGGACCUGUGGCCCGCAGCAAAGGCAUUCUGGCAGCACACUGGAGAAGGUGUGCAGAGUAGGCGUGCCGAGUUCUGCCAUCGUGCUCUGGAAGACGGCUCGAUGGUAGAGCAGAGUACCAUUACGCAUGCUCCUCGCAUGACCAAAGGACCUCGUCGUUACCAGAAGAACACAUCCGUGGACAUGACAAAUGCUCACACCAAGACUCCACCAGACACUCCCAAUGGCGAAGGUACUCAGGUAAAUGGCGAGAGUAUUCAAGACUCUGUCGAGUUCGUGGAGGCACGAUUCGGACGAAAUCUUGAUACCGAAUUCGCCGCCCAAGCAAAGCUCGCAAUACGCAAGCGCAUCGCAGGAUCUCUGACCUCCAACCUCGAACUGCCCGAAUCACUCGAAGCGUCGAUCGAUGUCGCUGCAUAUCGAAACAGAGACCUACCAGAAUUCUCAGUCGACGACGUCUACCUUUAUUCCUGCGGCAUGAACUCCAUCUUCCAUUCUCAUCGAACCUUGAUGCUCGCCCGCGGUCAACUGAAGUCCAUCAUGUACGGUUUUCCUUACGUCGAUACCUUAAAAGUACUUGAAAAAUUCGGACCCGGUGCACUGUUCUACGGCCAAGGUGAUGCAUCCGACAUCGACGACCUGGAAAAGCGAUUGGAGUCGGGUGAACGCUACUUGGCCCUCUACUGCGAGUUCCCAGGUAAUCCGCUUCUCAAGACACCCGAUCUGAAACGACUUCGCUCUCUGGCAGACAAGUACGAAUUUGCCAUCGUUAUCGAUGAGACUAUCGGUAACUUCCUCAACGUUCAUGUUCUACCUUAUGCGGACAUCGUGGUCUCCUCUCUCACCAAGGUGUUCUCGGGAGACAGCAAUGUCAUGGGAGGCGCUCUCAUUCUCAAUCCGCGGGGGAAAUGGUACAAUGGGCUGCGAGCUGUUCUCGGGACGGAAUACGAAGACAACCAAUUCGAGGAAGACAGCAUCUACCUCGAACGGAAUAGUCGGGACUUCGUGGACCGCAUCAAGCGCAUCAACGUCAAUGCUGAAGCCAUUGCAGAUGUGCUGAAGGACUGUCCGAAGGUCAAGCAGGUCAAUUAUCCCAAACACUCACCGACGAAGCCUUUCUACGAUGAAUGUCGCCUUCCAGAUGGUGGAUAUGGAGGGCUUUUGAGCGCCACAUUCCAUUCCGUGGAGGAAGCCGCGAUGUUCUACGAUCAUCUAAACACAUCGAAAGGGCCUUCGCUCGGCACGAAUUUCACGUUGAGUUCGCCCUUCGUGUUGCUUGCACACUACGGCGAGUUGGACUGGGCAGCGCAAUAUGGUUGCGAAGUCAGCCUCGUACGCUUUAGCGUCGGGCUAGAGGAUACCCAGGACUUGGUUAAGACCUUUAAAGAAGCUCUCGAGGCCAUAGGGUGUUGA